GCUUCAACAAAAGUUUAUCAGAAAAGGAAAAAUAUUAUGAUCAGUCACAGCAGACAUAACAGCAACUGCUUUCUGUGAUUUCAUGUUUGGGGAGUUUCAUUUCCUGCCUGAGGUGAAGCGAGAAGGUUAAUAAGUACAAAUUCAAGUCUGUGCCACUUUGUGUAGUUUAUAAGCUCCAAAAUAGAAAGCGAAGAAGCACUGAAACCUUGCAGUGCAUCAGUCAAAACAGGAUGAACCAUGUGGCAGAAGCUGAGGGGAGAAAAAGUCAACUCUAGUCAUGUGUGAUCACUGUCAAGGUUUUUGAAGGGUGGUGUUGCUCCAUCUAGGGGUAUAUUGAAGUAAUUCCCUUCUUUGGAGACAAAAUCAAGAUGGCUGCUCCCAUGCAGACGUUUUUGAGGUUGCUAUUAGCAAGAAGAAGCUGCAAACUAUAAAAGCUAUCAGCAGCAAUGGAUGCAAAAGAAAUAGUCCACUGUGCGCUUCAAAUAGAAAAGUUCACAACAGACAGAAGCUAUGGGAACAUCAUGACCCUCCUUGAUGACCUUGAGAAGUCUCAUGUUACAGCAGAGCAACUGGAAACAACAGACAUUGUCAAGGCUCUCUACAGGCUCCUGAAAACCUGCGCAGACAAUAACCUGAGAAAGACGGUCAAGAACUUGUUGUCAAAGUGGAAGAAACAAUACAGUAAAGACAGGAGAGGAGUAAAGUGUUCAGAUGGGAGUAAGGAUACUAAGCUCUGCAGUGCUACAGAGAUUGGAGAUGGUGGUAUUUUUAAACAGGGAAAUUCCCAGUCAGGCUCAUCACAAGCAAGCAACACUGGGGAGGAAAGGGAAACCGCUGCCCUCCAGAAUCAUACUCCCACUGCAGAAAGAAUAAUGGCUUCUUCUGACUCUGUGAGAACAAAAUGUGUUCAGCUUCUCCUUGCUGCCCUCUGCCUCAAACCUUGUGAUCAAGACAACAGAGCAGACCUGGCUGAAAACAUCGAGCAUCAUAUCCACGAGCUCCACAGAACCAAUCAGGUGAAAUACAAAAGAUGUAUAAGGAGCAAGGUGGCAAACCUGAGAAACCCCAAAAAUAGUCAUUUACGUCAGGGUCUCCUGAGCGGUUCACUGCUCCCAGAGGUCUUCGCCCGGAUGUCUGCAGAGGAGAUGGCCAAUGCAGAGCUCCGGCAGCUGCGAGAGGAGUACUCAUCUCAGGGUGUUAGUGAAAGGCAGCUUCCACAAGGGGUAGAGGGGACGCAGACGCAGAAGAUUCGCUGCAAAAGGUGCGAAGGGUCAGACUGCAGAGUGAAGCAGAUGUCCAGAGGUGCCCUUUUCUUGCCUGCAUGGGUGAGGCGAGGGGGCCCUGAUGAGGAUGCAAUGACUUUUGUGACCUGUAAUGGUUGUGGGCAGCAGUGGUAUCAUAGUGGCUGGAUCUGCCUCUAAAUCCAAAAGCAAGGUUAAUUAACAUGGACAAACACUGAAAUGAUAACCAAGAAUUUUUAGCAAGAUUGAUAACUAUCUAAUGAUUGUCUGUUAUCGUUGUUUUAACUCUCCUUGUCAAGAAUGUUCAAAAUAUGGCUCAGUUUGUUACAAAUGAUGGACUUUGUGACCAGUUGGCCUGCCUUGAAUGCACAUAUUGUUUAUGACUUUCAGUAGAUAUUCACUGAUUUUAUUUAGUGCCCAUCAUCCUUUUAAAUUAAUUUACUUGACAUAUUGUUUUAGUAAACCAAAAGUCUAAACCACAAAGUGUACUAUCUUGGAACACUCAAAAAGCAAGAUAAUAUAUUAUUUUAAGGACCUGGAACAGUUGGUUUUGUUAUUAAACCUGUCGUCGAUUUGCUGUCAUUUAAGUAGGUUUUCCUAAUUUGCUUUCUGUUAAAUUAUCUACAACAGAAUUUAGUAAUGUGACCAAAAAUAAAUGCUGUAUCUGCCUUUGACAUUAAUAUAUAGGACAGAAAGAAAAGAAUAAAAACAAUCAGCUUAUUCUACUUCUUCCUAAUUCUCUUAAUCCUAGUUGCAAGAAUCCACUGUGCCUGAGUAAAGUCAACUAGUCAGAGAAAGAAGUCAUUAGGUUCACGCUUUGGCACAUGAGCGAGCUGGAGGCAAAAGCAUUUCAGCUGGAGGAGCCUGCAUCUUAAAGAAAGCCAUGAUUUUUUAAGAACAACAACAGUCUAUGGUGUCAUUAAUUGGGGCUUUGGAGCAGAGCUAAAGCACAGCAGAGAGGGAGGUGGGAUCAGGAAUGAAGUUGUAUUCAAUCACAUUUUUCAUCCAACUUUUCAUCUUCUAAAUUGAGGAUCACCAACUCUGGACCUCUUGAGCCAGUGUCCUGCUGGUAUUCGAUAUGUCCAUACUGCAGCACACCGGAUAAUGGGUCGUUAAGAGGCUGGUGC